CGACUGUCAAUGAAAGUAGCAAAACGAUUUACGUUUACUCACAAAUUAACCAACAGAUUUGAUAAUAACAUUAAAGAAGUAAUCGGGAAUGGCAUAACCCUGUUAAUGUUAUAUAAAAUGCUACCACUUAGCAUUGAAUUGACAUUUGAGUCAUCAUCUGAAUUAUCAAAAAUCAAAACAAUCAAAUUUAUAAUUAAACAGAAUAUCUGAAAACGGGAUUUCACCUUUUAUCAAAAAAGUCUUAUCAACUUUAGUUAUAAAAUUUGUGUUCAAUAGAAUUCACUUAGCCAAAAAUGGGAGAUAAUUAUUUUGGGAGUUCAAUAGAGGAGAUUUACAGAAAAGCAGCUUAUUUACAUGAAUUUGAUCAUAUUGAGGAUAUAAGGCCUUGGAAAAAUCAUGCGGUUUUAUUCCAAUAUCCUUUUGGCGAUUCAGUAAUACCACAGCCAUAUGGCAGAAAAAAAGAACAUGAAGACAAAGACGGUGUGCGGUUACCAUUUUACCAAACUUCAGUCAUUCAAAUUGAAGACACAGAAGGUAAAACUACGCGAGAAUUGCUUUGGAUGAAAAUUUUAUUAGCUUUAGAAUCAAGAGAUUUUGAUUCAAGUUGGGAAUUGGAAGAAGCGAUUAAGUCUUAUAAUAACAGAAUUGGGACGCUUUAUUCACUCCAUGAAUAUUUUAGUGAAAAUUAUGAAACAUCAACGUACUUUUUCAAAGUCCUAUUAAAAAGAAUUAUUUCGUUAGCUUUGGAUUUGCCUCAUCAUAUUAAAACUGGCAUACCUUUAUUAAAGCAAGGUCAUAAUCAGUCUAUAAGUUUAAGUCAACAACAAAUUGCUUCUUUAUUGGCUAAUGCAUUCUUAUGUACCUUUCCAAGUAGAAGGCUUCAAGAGCAGAAUUGUCCGGAAAUAAAUUUUAAUAGGCUUUUCGAGUCAAGGGGCCCCCAAGUUUUAUCGAAAAUUGAAUGCCUUAUAAAUUACUUUCGAAGGGUUUGCAUAAAACCUCCUACCGGGGUUUUAACAUUUUCACGACGUUCAAGAAGAUCUGCAGAUUUUCCGAAUUGGAGUACUAUAAAAGAACCAUUUUCAAGGGCUGUUAUACACAUAACGUCUGCUGGAACAAUUGAAGAUAAUGGAGUCGGUUUGCUUCAAGUAGACUUUGCGAAUAAAUAUAUUGGUGGUGGUGUUCUUGGAGGAGGUUGUGUUCAAGAAGAAAUAAGGUUUGUGAUUUGCCCUGAACUUAUAGUUAGCAGAUUAUUUACAGAAUUUUUAAAAGAUAAUGAAGCGCUAUUUAUGGUUGGAGCAGAACAGUUUAGUAGUUACACUGGUUAUGGAUAUUCUUUUAAAUUUUCUAAAGAUCAUAAGGAUAAUAUUGAAAUUAAUCAAAAAAAUAGACGUCGUUUAACCCAUAUUGUUGCCAUUGAUGCCUGUUAUUUUCCAAAUUCAUCUCGUCAAUAUGAACCUCGUUUUAUUAAAAGAGAGUUAAAUAAAGCAUUUGUUGGUUUUUUCCAUUCGAAUGCCGCUUUAUUACCACCGGGUGUUGCAACAGGAAACUGGGGUUGUGGUGCAUUUGGUGGGGAUUCGCAAUUAAAAGCUUUAAUUCAAUUAAUGGUCUGCACAAUAACAAAUAGACCCUUAUUGUACUUUACAUUUGGAGAUAAAAAAUUGAGUAAAGAAAUCCAUGAAAUGUAUGUAUUCUUAAUUGACAAUAAUAUAAACGUUCGACAAUUAUUUAAUUAUUUAUGCGAGUAUAUCGAACAAGCGAAGCAAGCCGAAAAUUUGUAUGCAUUUAUAAGGAGGAGGCACCAGGAAGAUAAUAGUUCAUUUUGUAAUUAUCAGUCGUGCAAUAGGAAAAAUGAGCAAAACACCAAAUCACAUACUGACAACGAAAUCAAUAAAACUGAAAUGGAAAAUGAUUUAUCGCCUUCGGAAAUAAAAUUAAUCCAAGAAACAGUAUUGAACAAUGAGAUUCAGGAUCCAUGGCCUAUUCCCUCUUCAACUGAUCAAGAAAAAUGUUAUAAUGAAAACUUACAGCAAAAAGAUUUUUAUGAAUCACAAUGCGAAUCUACUAAAUCUAUUUCCAAUGAUUUAAAAUUAUCAGAUCACAAAACUUAUCCAGAAUCAGCACAAGACAAUGAAAAUAAUUUUUUGAUACAAAGUGAUAGUAAAAGAUUUAAAUCUGAAAAUGAAAUUAUUGGACAAAACACAGCGUCAACGAGCGCAAAACCUAAUAAGAAUCUUAGCAAAAACACAAAGUCAGAAGUCGUACAGGUUCACAGUUAUGGUCGAUCAUCUUAGAUUUUCUUUAAAAAUAUUCUAACAUAAGUAGAUCGUUAGAAAAUUUAUUGAACAUAAUUAUUACAUAUUUCUUUUUGAAUUUUUGUUAUUUACAGGUUUAUAUUUUGUAAAUUUUGUACUAGUAUAGCUUAAUAAGUUUUACAACCCGACUAGAAGCGGGACAAUGGAAAAUAUUUUCUUACAAAAAUAAUUCAUCUAAAAAUUGUCAAUCAAGUUAAAUUUUUUUUUAUCUUUAUUACUUUGAAAUAUCGUUAUAUACCUAUAUG